UGGUAAUUACGGCCUCAAGUGAAAAGAUAACUCAAAUAUAUUAAACUCUUAUGUCUAAUUUAUUUGAACAUUUUUAUUAAUAAUUGUAUAUUUUUAAUGACUCCGUAAUUAAUUAUUUUAUAUUUUAUUAUUUUUCAUCAUGAAUACCAAGACAAUUGUACGAUUUUAUCAGGUAAAAAUAAAUUAAAUUAUAAUAUUGGUCGCACCUACCUAAAAUUAUUUUUUUUUUAGACUGUAAAACCUCAUCAGCCAUCAAUUAGAUUUCGAUAUGGAAUUCCAAUUAUUAGUAUGUACUACCUGUAUAUUUUUACACAAUAAUAUUGUAAAUAUGUAGAGAUCUAAAUGUAAUUUACUCGUCUAUUUUUUAUUUUUUAUAAAUAACAAUUAUAAUAGGAUGUAACUUAUAAUUUUAUAAUGGGAACAAAAUUUUGAGUAUAAAAUUUGGCAACCUUUCAAUGUAAGUAUGUGUUUGACCUUUGACCUAAAUUAGUGGAGCAACCUGAAUUUUUCAAUUAACACUGUAAAAACUUAUAUUAUUAUAAAAAUGAUAAUUGCAUCGCUAUAUAAAAUUCCAAAUUAAUAAUGAACAAUAUUUGUGUGUAGGUUGUUAUAUAUAUAACAAGAUUCUAAAGGGGAGUUCAAACCUUGGACCCUCUGUUCGCUCUAGAAACUUAUAAUUCAACAGUAUUUGUGGUUUUGCUUUAUUGAAAUAUUAAACACCAAAAUUAAUGAGUAUUUAAAUAUUACAAUUUUACCUUAUAUCAAAAUAUUUACAAAAAUAAUGAUUGAAACUUAGAUAUAUUCAUUAAGAAUGUUAAAUGUUAUAAAAUAAACUAAAAAUUAUAAACGUUGUUAAAUACACACAUUCAAUACAAAAUAUAGCCCAGUAAUAUGUGCAAAUUUAAAAAUUAAUAUUUAAAAUAUACAUUUAAUAGUAAUAAUAUCUAAUUCUAUUUUAGAUGAUGCUACAUCAUCGUCUGCUUCAGUUGUUUCAACUUCUGCAACGUCGCCCGUGUAUAUAUUUGAAAGAAACUCUCAACUUCCAAUGAAAUUUAAAAGAUUAACAUUGGAUGAAGCCGAAAUAAAUGCUAUUAAUGUAUAUACAUUAAAUUACAAAUAUUAUACUAAUAUAAAUAUAUUAAUAGUUUUAAUUUACAAUACAUUUUUUUUUUCAGAGUGGUGGUGCCGAAUGAACUAUUCUAUUACAUCAUAUUGGUUAACCCAUACUAAGUAUAUUGAAUAUUUAGUUGAAAAUUAAAUUAUAUGUUUACACUAUCCAGUAUUUAUUAAGGGUACUUACAUGAAUUAUUAUGUUUAUAUAGUAUUUGAAUAUAAGAUUUAGUAUUGAAUUUGAAUAAAAUUAACUUUAAUUAAAUGAAGUAUAAUUUAUUACAAAUAGUUGAAAAAAUGAAUAGUAAUAUAUGUAUCAAAGCUCAUUACAAACACCUAUCAAAGAUAUGCUACCAUGACCAUAUUCGUCAUGUUGAGGAUAAUUUUAGGUGAAACCAAAGUAUUUUUGGUAAUUCAUCUAAAAUAAUCGUACGGAUAGUGGCAUACCAGUACCUAGUACGUUUACUUUUAAUAACAUGCCUAGCAAUAAUUUAACUGAAGCUGCAAAUAUGUCUUCUAAUCAUUUCUCGUCUUUCUACUCAACUCCAUUAUAUAAUAUCGCAAUUGAGAAAACAAUUCAUGUUUACUAUUUGCCUUGCCCAGUAAUGGCUAUUUUACUGUGACGUAUUAAAUUUUCCACCCGUAGCAACUUCCUAUUUAAUCUAAGGAACGUUAUUGUCUGGGCUCUCUGCUAUUCAGAAAAUCAUUGGUAUCCAUCAAUCUUAAAACUUUGCUCCAUCACAUUGAUCCUUAAAUCGUAACCCAUCGUUGGUCAAAAACUAUAGACCGAUUACAAUCACUUUUCAUAUCUUGAAAUUAUUUGAAUCGUCGGUAUUACAGUCGAUCAAAUCCAAUAUAUACAACAUCUUGGUUGAUGAGCAACUUGAUUUCUGCCCAGGGUGGAUCUACUACAACCUGUCAUAUGGUACUUAUGAAUUGCAAUGAAUGCUUUCCACUGUCAUUUACAAGUUGAUGUCAUAUACAUUGAUUUUUCUUAGGCUUUUGAUCGAGUAUAUCAUACUGCUUGUGGCCGUAUAACUAUCAAACGGGUGCAAAGGAAGUUCUUGCAUUUUGUAGUUUUCUCUUAAACUUAAAUUUCCCCAGACAUGACUAUAUGCCUAUUCGUUGGUUACUUGAUCUGACCUCUCUCUACCACUAACUAUUUAUCUAAUUCUCCUCUUCACUGUCUAAUACAUUUGGACCUUAACUUUGACUACUUAGCACUAUUUAAAUAAUAUUCAAUAUUUGCACCUGUAACUAACAUUGUUUUACUAUUUGUACUCAGUGGCAUAAUGAAGGGAGGUGAUUUUGUGUUCAAACACCCCUCUUCGACUAUAUGCCAAAAAUUAUAAUUUUUACCAUAUGCAGUUAUGCAUCAGAUUUCUACAAGAUGUGUUGUGUUACGUAUAGAUAGUUAUUAAGUAUAUGUUAGUACACGUGCACAAUAAAAUUACAAAGUAACAUCUGAACACAAAAUUAAAACACCCUCCUAAACAAAAUCCUGGCUACACCACUGCUUGUACUUACUAUGUUUUGGGUACCCAACCCGUUUUCUAAAUUGAAUAAAAUAAAAUAUAUCUUUAUUUUUCACAGUUUUACUGAAUUUUAGUGUAGAAUUAUAAAAAUAAAUGUAUAAUAGUAUAACAAGUAUAAUAUUAUUGAACUAUAAUUAUUAGUCAGACAAAACACACACAUGCAUCAUAAUAAGCUUACAUACCAACUAAAUAAAAUUUUUUUUUAAAAAAAAAAAUACUAGUCUUUAAAUUUGGAGUGAGAUUUUUGUUAGAAAAGUUGUACACGAGGGAAACAAAUGAAAAACUAAAAGUACACUUAGUAAAAUCAAUACAUUCCUCACUAUACUCAGAAUCUAAAAUAAUCGAAAUUAAUAUAUUCAAUAUUAUAACACUAUUAAAUUAAUUCUCUAUUAGUUAUUAUUUAAUACUAAAUUUGAUACAUAAAUUACUAAAUUAAAACAUCUUAAUAAUUGUUAAACUUAUUACUGAAUAUGUACAUUGUUCCUAUGUAUUAAAUAAGUAGGUAGGUUAAUUUAUAAUAUUGUAUGUUAAUUACAUAACAAAUAAGUACUUUUAAUUUGACUUCCUUUUGUUUCUAUUAAAAUGUCAAUUGCACUUAAAAUAAGCAUUGAACUUAUUAAUAUUACUGUAUGCUAUAUUUUAUCUUAAAUCUAAUAAAAAUUAAGGAAUCAGAGUAGUUUGAGAUUUCUACUGAGUUGAUAAGUGACCCCAUCAUAAAGUCUCCUGUAGUAAUUUCUUAGAGACUCCUGGUAUUUAAUUUCAUCGCCUACAGUAUCUUGUCUGUUCACUUCACGGCAUAUAUUUUUCCUGUUUUUGCCAUAAAAAAUGUAAGCAAAUUAUUAUUUUAAUAAAUAAGCAAAAUGUAAGUUAAGUGUAGAUAAAUUUAAUAAUUAUUGGUGGGUACUUGACUAAGAGCAUACUGAUUAUUAAAUUAAAAAUACAUUAAUCGUCAAUUAAUAUUGUAUUUUCAUUUAAAGGUUUUUCUUUAGAAAUCACGGAAUUUAACAAAAACAUUACGCUGCUUUCUUUCAGUUCAAACUACCUAAAACAAAUGAAGACAUCUCAACGAGACUUUAUAACAUUUUAUAUUGUACUGUAAUAAUUUUAAUUAAAAUGGUCAAUAUUG